ACACGAAACCGUACCAACUAUAUCGUGAACCAUGCCCACAUCAGACAGCCACCGAUCCAAGCAGCGUCCCCCACGAAAAAAAGCUUGUAACAGCUGUACAAAGUCCAAAGUUCGGUGCAGUCUCGAAAAGCCCACUUGUUCGCGGUGCCGGUCAACUGGCCGAGUCUGCGAAUAUCCAGCCUCGGCGUUGCCACGGGAUUCGCCUCCAGGUGAAGCGGGAGUUUCGGAAGAUCCUGAUCCUUCAUACCCCGGGUCGGCGAUAUAUGCAUCACCUCGCUUUGAUCCAGCACCUACUAUGCCAAUACCCUUGCCGUAUGCUACCACUCCCUCGAGCACAGCCUGGAGCCCGGCCAGUCAAGUGCAUGUGCGAAGACAUGUCCCCAGUUGUUGGAGAGAUGGAGAUGAGUUUGACUUUCACACGGUAGAUCUGGUUCCAAGCGCAAACGCAGAAGAUAUCCGGGAUCGCUGGUUGAGACCAUAUAUCCUGCCGCCGCUGGGACAGGAUGAAGUACCCAAGGUUUAUCACCCUUUCACGUUGCAGUACAUCUCACGGAUAUUGAGUACUUAUCCCCGGCGCAUGCUCAAAGACAAGGAUGUCCCUCCCAUUAUUCACCGCUCACAGAUAGACGGGAAAGAGAUGCCUCGGGCGCUCGCGAACUGCUACAGUCUCGUCCGGAUGUGGGAACAGGCCGCACCUGGAAGUGAGAUGAUGGUGGUAGAUACGUUGGAAAAGGAAAUGGAGAGAUUGGCCGAUGAGCAUCUUGAACAUGAUUACGAAUUACUCUCCUCCUUCCAAGCCUACUUGAUAUACACAAUUAUGUUGUACUUCUCCCCUCGUGGAUCCUCCCUCAUCAACGAUAAGAUUAUGAUAACCCUUAUGGAACUGGCUUUCCGGACCGCUCGGAACGGGCUCUUUUGCGCUGCUGAAGUGUCCCACACGCGACCAACCUGGGAAUCCUGGAUUGUGGUUGCCGCGAAACGUCGCGCCAUUUUCACAAUGUACAUAUUUAGCGGCGUCUACAACGCAGAUCGACUACUGCCGAAUUUCAUCGCAGACGAGAUGAGAGGAGUCUUUGCACCGGGCAACAAAUCAUUAUGGGAGGCUCAGGAUCGGGAAACCUGGAACAAGGAAUACGACAGAUAUCUCCUAAGGUGGGAAGACGGGAUGUUGGAGAUUUCGGAGCUAUGGAGAUCAGAAGAAACGGGCUCAACCCAGCGACGGGAACGAAUUGAGCGCUGGGUCCAGUCAACAGACGAAUUUGGAAUGAUGCUAUUCGGAGUCUGCGCCCAUAUCCAUGGUUGUUGAUUUUUAUUUACGUCACAUUCGGGAUUCCGUCUCGGUACUCCGACCCUUCUCCACCCCCGUCUUGGCAAACUGGUUCUAUAUAAAUACUCUCCAAAGACGUCAACUUUCGUUUCUUCGCAUUUCCACAUUCAACAAACUUAUAGAUUCUUAUACAUCUUCGAAAAUGACGGUCUACACUACUGAUCACUCUGCGUCUGUUCUUCAGACCCAUAACUGGCGCACGGCAUGCAAUUCCGCCGCCUAUCUCCUCCCAUACAUAAUCCCAACCUCGAAGAUCCUCGACAUUGGCUGUGGCCCCGGUUCAAUUACUCUCGACUUCGCGCGCCGCGCACACCAAGGCCAUGUU